UAAAACGCCAUAUUUCAUCUUCUGUUUCCUUUUCGUCACGCUUGUCUCCAAUCGUCCUUUUGUUUUAUAAACGACGCGACGCGCGUCGUCCGGUAGAAAUCCACGUCAUACAUGACGUGGUGCAGCAUCUUCGCGUACUAUAUCGGCUAAAUGCGACACCUAAACCUAACCAGAACCAAACUCCAGCAAACGGUUGACGUCGUCAAUACACUUUAAACAGCAUGAAAAAGCAGGGAAAGAAGAAGGAAAUUGUGAAACUAGUUCUUGACAAUCCGCUGACUGCCGAAUGGCCUGAAACAACAACGGAAUCCAAGGAAAAACUAUGUCGGUUGCUUUUACAAGGAAUGGGCGCGAAUGUCCAGGACGCAAGGACUACUGGACUUACAAUUGGACUAAAUGAAACGAAUAAACUGAUAGAGGAUUGCAUCCAGACUGGUUCGGAUUUGCCUCGUGUGGUUUUUGUGACUCUUCCAACUGAUUCCAUCCUCGUUUCUCACUUUCCACAGUUAAUCGCCAAUGGAAACGCGUUCUCUCAAACCCAAGCACACGAAAGUCGUCCAGAAUGCCGACUCGUAGCCAUCCCAAACGAAAUGGAAGCUGCUUUUGCGUCUCGUUUGGGACUAAGUCGUGUUCGAGCCAUUGCCGUAGCCUCUACGUCGCCCAUACUGCCCAGCAUUGCCCCCAUCCUCGAGACCGUUUCCCCUCCAUCUUGGCCGUCUUCUUCCGAAGCAACGGGUUUUCUAGCUACAAAGAUUGAUCGUGUCGUAGUCACUCGGCCCACUCGAACGGCAAAAAACAAAAAACAGAACCAAAAUCAAAAUCCAAAGACUCAAGGGAAAACCUCCGCAAAGGUUAAAAAGCCUUAACGAGCGACUUUUGUGCCUUAACCUCCAAUAAACCUUCGACAACAAAGUGUAUAGCCUUCGGAGCUGAAAAGCUCCUUGCGGUGCGCAUGGAUGUCCCUAUACACGUGUUUUACUCUCAUAUGCAAACCGUCGUUUGUCUUACAAACGCGUUGUCUCCGCUGGUUCCUUAUCGUUUACCAACCGAUCCUCCUGUUUUUUUUCCCUUAUCGUCUUCUCAAUUGUCAUUUUUGAACCCUGAAACUACUACGAAUCGCCUUUUGCAGCAUGAUUUCUCGUGUACAUUCAGCCGUUUUCCUCAGACUCCUCAUUCAUUCAUUUCCAAAAAAGACGGUUCUUCCUACGAAAUGUUCCGACAACAGCCGAUUGUUGCCGCCGUCUAUCACACAAUCCUGUCGGCGUUUUUUUCGCUGUUCUCGUCGUCUUAUUCAAAAUUUCUUUUUCAUUGACUGAUAUCCGUCGAUAGCGUUUCCUCUUGUAAAAACCGAAACUUGUGCUGGUAUAGACGGCGUAUCCUCCUUACUAAUCUCUGUGCGACUGUCAUUCUCCCACGCAAGCGAAGGGUUUUGGUACAAAGCGUUGUGAUACCAGCCUUCUUUGCUUGGUGUUCACUACGACUAAUGAGCGCGAAUGUUGUUCCGACAUAACUUCACAAGAGCAAAAAACAUCAGAAGGCUUUCAUAGAAAGCCAAGGCCACAAAAUACUACGGUACGGUUGAAAAUCCAUCCAUUCCUAACCGAAAU